UUUGUACAGAGGAAGGCCCAUCUGAUGCAUAUCUGUCCUCCAUCACUGAUGAAUGCAAUUUGGGAAUUACCGGGACAGAAGAGUUAGAAAAGAUGGAAACAGAGAAUCUCACAGUGGUGACAGAAUUCAUCCUUCUUGGUCUGACCCAGUCUCGAGAUAUUCAACUUCUGGUCUUUGUGCUAGUCUUAAUUUUCUACCUCAUUAUCCUCCCUGGAAAUUUUCUCAUCAUGUUCACCAUAAGGUCAGACCCAGGGCUCACAGCCCCCCUCUAUUUCUUUCUGGGCAACUUGGCCUUUCUGGAUGCAUCCUACUCUUUCAUUGUGGUUCCCAGGAUGCUGGUGGACUUCCUCUCUGAGAAGAAGGUAAUCUCCUACAGAGGCUGCAUCACUCAGCUCUUUUUCUUGCAUUUUCUUGGAGCUGGAGAGAUGUUCCUUCUUGUUGUGAUGGCUUUUGACCGCUAUAUCGCCAUCUGCCGGCCUUUACGCUAUUCAACUAUCAUGAACCCUAGAGCCUGCUAUGCAUUACUUUUGGCUCUGUGGCUUGGGGGCUUUACCCAUUCCAUUGUACAAGUAGCCCUUAUCCUGCACUUGCCUUUCUGUGGCCCAAACCAGCUCGAUAACUUCUUCUGUGAUGUUCCACAGGUCAUCAAGCUGGCCUGCACUGAUACCGUUGUGGUGGAGCUUCUGAUGGUCUCCAACAGUGGUCUGCUCAGCCUCUUGUGCUUCUUGGGUCUUCUGGCCUCCUAUGCAGUCAUCCUCUGUCGUAUAAGGAAGCACUCCUCUGAAGGAAAAAACAAGGCUAUCUCCACAUGCAGCACCCAUAUUAUCAUUGUAUUUCUCAUGUUUGGACCUGCUAUUUUCAUCUACACUCGUCCCUUCCAGGCUUUCCCAGCUGACAAGGUAGUUUCUCUUUUCCAUACAGUCAUCUUUCCUUUGAUGAACCCUGUUAUUUAUACACUUCGCAACCAGGAAGUGAAAGCGUCCAUGAGGAAGUUGUUAAGUCAACAUAUGGUUUGCUGAACAGAAGAAUGAGAAAAGCAAGAAAGGAGAAAGUCCAGUUGAAUUUAGCUAAAUCAUUAUUAUCUCAUUAAUGCAUUAAAUUAGUCAUUUAGCAAAUAUUAUAAUUAUUAAGCACUUCCCAUUUUCAGGCACUAUUCUAGGCACAUGAAUGAGAUAGGUAAAAUUCCAGGUCUCUUAGAUUUACAUUCAAGGGGAAAAAUACAAGUUAAACUUUUAAAUUUUAAAAACAACUAUAGUGUCAGAAAGAAACAGUGUUCUGUAGCAAGCAAAAAGUGGUAUUAUGCUACUGAUUAUCUGGGGAGGUGGUAAUUACUUUCUUUACUUUUGGUUGACAAGUCAGGUCUCGAGUGGUGUUUAGCUGAUACCAAGAUGAUUUGAAAGUAACAACCAUGUAAUUAUCCGGGGACAGAAAUUCUAGGCAAGAAGGAUGACUAGAACAAGAAUCCAAAGAUCUUAUGAGCUUGUUAUAUUUGAUGACCUUAAAAAUGAAGAGUAGUUGUACUUAGUUAGUGAAUGUGAAAAUGGCACUAAUUGAAGUCGAAGAGUUUGGUAGGGGCAAAAUUAUGCAGAGCAUUUUCAUCGAUAAGUUCAAUUUAUUCAGAUUUCAAAAGGAGAUUCUUGAAAGACAAGCAGCAGAGUAACUCUCUAAUGUUUCCUAUUUUACUUAAGGGAAGAUCUUCGAGAUUCUGAUUACAGAAGUAUGAGUAGUAAAAUAUCAUUAAGUAGAAAGUACAUGCUGCUAAGUAUUUUUUAUGUAUGUCAACACUUAAAAGAUCUAAUUAUUUUUUCUAAUUUGAUAGAGAGAAAAAAUAAAAGCUGUUAUAUUGUACUGGAAACUGUCAAAAGACAAUCUAACUAUAUAUUUUGAA